AUGGCCGACACCACUCUACCCAAGGACGAACUCAAGACCCGCGCCGUUGAAGGAGCUCCCCUCUCCCAGGCCGAGGUCUCAAACAUAGAGUCAGAGGAAACAGCCAGGACAGGCGUUGGCCCAGUCAAGGGCGGACCUGCGGCAACGUCUCAGAGCAUUUACGACAAGCAGCAGACUUUCUUCCAGAAAGCUGGUGACCUGGCUCGAAAGCCCGUCAGUGAGAUCACAAGAGAGGAUGCGGCGGAGGUACAAAAGGCCGAGGCUCGGGCGUUGGGAGAGCCACCGGGGGCUGGGACUACGUCGUCGGUCGUUCAGUCUAUUGCUGAUCAGAAUUCUCGCCUAAAAGAUCAGUGA